CCCCAAACGCAUCAGCCGGUUUAUUUUGCGCUGCUCCGUCUGCGCGACCCAGAUGCUCCUCCACUCUUCCGCCUGCCGCGGCAGCCACCUCCUCCUCCUCGCCUCCUGUAGCAACAUCAGCGGCUGGUUCCUCCACCUCCCUUUCGCGUCCACCCACCUUGAAACCCUAGGUGCGCUCAGGAUACUUGCCGACAUGUCGUACCGCGGCGGGCCCAACUCCCACCGCGGGAGCGGCCGAGGCGGCGGCGGAGGCAGGGGAGGCCGCGGUGGCGGCGGGGGACGCGGGGAGCAGAGGUGGUGGGACCCUCAGUGGCGCGCGGAGCGGCUCCGGCAGAUGCAACGGGAGGUGGAAAAGGUUGAUGAGAAUGAAUGGUGGGAUAGGAUCGGACAAUUAAGAGAAGGCACCCAACAGGAGCUAGUAGUCAAGCGGAAUUUUGGACGGGAUGGACAGAACAUACUUGCAGACAUGGCUCGGAGACAAGGGCUUUACUUUAAUGCAUACAACAAAGGGAAGACACUGGUUUUCAGUAAGGUGCCAUUACCUGAUUAUCGAGCAGAUCUUGAUGAGAGGCAUGGAUCAACUCAAAAAGAGAUUAAGAUGUCUAAUCAGACAGAGAGGCGAGUGGAAGACCUUUUGUCCAGGUCAAAGUUGAGUACCAAUGAUUCUGCAAGCUCAUCUAAUGUAUCGAUGAGGCAAUCUUUGCCUAGCACAUCCUCAUCAGUUGUUGAACAACCAGCAGAUAUUGAUAAAGAAAAGCUCAGCUCUCAGCUUAGGAAUUUGCAGAAUUCAAGGAAGAUGACGCCAAGUGCUAGAUCAAUGCAGUCUUUCAGGGAGAAAUUACCUGCAUUCAAUAUGAGAGAAGGAUUUUUGAAAGCAGUAGCAGCUAAUCAGGUUCUGGUCAUUUCUGGUGAGACAGGUUGUGGUAAAACAACCCAGCUUCCACAGUUCAUUCUAGAAGAAGAAAUAGAUAACCUCCGUGGUGCUGAUUGCAGCAUAAUCUGUACUCAGCCCCGUCGUAUAUCUGCCAUAUCAGUAGCAACAAGAGUAGCUUCUGAGAGAGGUGAAGAGCUUGGUGAGACUGUUGGGUACCAGAUUCGCCUAGAAUCAAAACGGUCUGCACAAACACGACUGUUGUUCUGCACUACUGGAGUUCUGCUUAGAAGACUGGUUCAAGAGCCAGACUUAGUUGGUGUAAGUCAUUUACUAGUUGAUGAAAUUCAUGAACGUGGCAUGAAUGAAGAUUUUCUCAUCAUAAUACUGCGUGACCUUCUGCCAAGACGUCCAGACCUUCGUCUUGUAUUGAUGAGUGCAACUAUAAAUGCAGAACUGUUUUCCAAGUACUUCGGAGAUGCUCCAAUAAUGCACAUCCCGGGUUUCACCUUUCCUGUUACUGAGCUUUUUCUGGAAGAUGUCUUAGAAAAGACUCGUUACAAAAUCAGGUCCGAAUGUGAUAGUUCUGCUGGUAGUUCGAGAAAAAAGAGGUUUUCAUCAGUUAAGAGUGAUCCAUUAUCUGAUCUUUUUGAGGAUAUCGACAUUGAUAAGGAAUAUGGAAAUUUCAGCAUUACAACAAGACAGUCCCUUGAAGCUUGGUCUGCUGAUAAACUAGAUUUGAGCCUGGUAGAAAGUACAAUUGAGUAUAUUUGUCGCUAUGAAGCAGAAGGUGCAAUUCUUGUCUUCCUUACUGGCUGGGAUGAAAUUUCGAAACUUCUGGACAAAAUUAAAGGGAAUACUUUCCUUGGAAGUUCAAACAGAUUCCUUGUUCUUCCUUUGCACGGUUCUAUGCCAACUGUCAAUCAGCGUGAAAUUUUUGACAGACCGCCAGUUGAUAUGAGAAAAAUUGUCCUGGCAACCAAUAUUGCGGAGAGUAGUAUCACUAUAGAUGAUGUUGUCUAUGUAAUUGAUUGUGGUAAGGCAAAGGAAACAAGCUAUGAUGCCUUGAACAAGCUUGCAUGCCUUCUACCAUCAUGGAUAUCAAAAGCUUCUGCUCAUCAGAGGCGAGGCCGUGCAGGCCGUGUUCAGGCAGGGUUUUGCUAUAGGCUUUAUCCAAAAGUCAUUCAUGACGCAAUGCCACAGUUUCAAUUGCCUGAAAUUCUUAGGACUCCUUUGCAAGAACUAUGCCUUACUAUCAAAAGCUUACAGCUUGGAGCAGUAUCCUCCUUUUUGGCAAAAUCACCGCAACCUCCCGAUCCUCUUUCUGUCAAGAAUGCAAUUGAGCUUCUUAAAACCAUUGGCGCACUCAAUGAUAUGGAGGAACUCACUUCUCUAGGACGACAUCUCUGUACACUUCCAUUGGAUCCAAAUCUUGGAAAAAUGCUACUUAUGGGAUCUGUAUUCCAGUGCCUGGAUCCAGUAUUAACGAUUGCUGCUGCUCUUGCAUACCGUAAUCCAUUUGUGCUCCCAAUUGAUAGAAAAGAAGAAGCUGAUGCUGUUAAAAGAUCAUUUGCUGGUGAUUCCUGCAGUGAUCACAUUGCUCUUCUUAAGGCGUUUGUAGCAUGGAAGGAAGCAAAAUGUAGUGGCAGAGAACGUUCUUUCUGUUGGGAAAGUUUUUUGUCUCCCAUGACCCUGAAGAUGAUGGACGACAUGCGAAAUCAAUUCUUUGAUCUACUCUCUGAUAUUGGGUUUGUUAGCAAGACAAGAGGAGUGAAGGCAUAUAACCAGUAUGGCAGCGAUCUCGAGAUGGUUUGUGCUGUCUUGUGUGCUGGCCUUUACCCGAAUGUCGUACAAUGUAAAAGGCAAGGAAAGAGGACGGCUUUCUACACCAAAGAUGUGGGAAAAGUGGACAUUCAUCCAUCAUCGGUGAAUGCAUUUGUGAACCAAUUUCCAUUACCUUACUUGGUUUACAGUGAGAAGGUUAAGACGGCUAGCAUCUAUGUGAGGGACUCCACAAAUAUAUCAGACUAUGCCCUUUUACUUUUUGGUGGUUCCCUUAUUCCAAGCAAAACUGGAGAAGGCAUUGAGAUGCUCGGGGGUUAUCUUCAUUUCUCGGCCCCAAAGCGUACAAUAGAGUUGAUUCAGAGAUUAAGAGGUGAAUUGGAUAAACUCCUCGAGAGGAAGAUUGAGGAACCUGGACUUGACAUCUUUUCAGAAGGAAAGGGUGUUGUGGCGGCAGCUGUAGAACUUUUGCACAGUCACUAGAUGCUACAUAUACACGGUCCAUAGGGCAAUUUUUGCACUAGACGGAAGUGAUACUAGGCGAUGCUUUCUGUAGUAUUUAGUUCUAUUUCCCCUAGGUGUUGGUGGUUCCUACAGUGUGGGUUCGACACCUCCCAAAUCAUGUAGGUAAGAAAUUUUGACGUCUUGUCAUUGUCACACAGGAGAUGUAUCAAUGUGGUAACUCUUGUCAAAAUUUGCUAUAUAUUGUGUUAAACGAAAGUGAUUUUUUUAUCAUUCAUUUGAUGUUUGGAGUGGGUCUUUGAA